UUGGCACCUCCUGCAGUCACCCUACAAUCUCUUGACAAACAAUAGCGCGCAUUAAUAAUUAUAGGCUAUAGAUGAUCAUUUGUCAUCAUCACUUUCUCAUCCUGAUACCGGCACCGUGGUACUUUUAAAAACACCCGCUGACGUACAACUGUAUCAGGAGGGGCACUUAACUUUCCUCAUUAGCCGUUUCUAUCAGAGGCGUCAUCGGGAGUGUAACUUCAACAAGUCUGCAGCUGGACGCUUUCGUUUUUCUCGCCCUCUGCGGUGCCGGUUCACACAAAUAAAAGAAAAAGUCGACUAUGGUGGAGAUUUUCUAAAGUUAAGUGAAGCUGAUCGACUGCAAGUAAGGGUUAAUAUAACGUUGUUUAGAUCAGACAUUUUCUCUGAUAACAUGGGCGGAGUGUGCUUGUGCUAUUCAUGGACUUGCAGACCAGUGUGGCCAGUUUUUAUUAUUCUGGCUACAAUACCCUGUAUGAUGCACUGCUCAGAGAGUCCGGCAGCAGCUGUUGGAAAAAUGUACCCACGCGGCAACCACUGGGCAGUAGGUCAUUUGAUGGGAAAGAAGAGCAUCGAGAGCCUGCCUGCACUGCAGGAGACAAACCCUGACAGUGACUACCUCACACCCCCAGAAACAGCUGGGGUCACAGGGCUGGACCGAUACGAGCGACUGAUGGAGGCUCUGGUGCAACAAAACAACCUAAAACAGAUGAAGGCACAAACUGUAGACAGGCUGCUUCGAGUGCGCGGCGGCUGGAGAGAAGAGGACAGAGACAAAUAUCUCAGAGAGAUGUCAGAGCUGCUUCUUCUGGCUUUGAAACUGCAAGGCAAUGACUCCACCUGAAGGAUUCUGUUUCAAAAACAGUCAUCAUUAUCUACUAAACAUGUGCCCUGUAAUCACAUAGCCAAAAUGAAAAGUUUUUCUGCUGUAAGAAAACACUGGAAAACCAAUAGAAGUUUAUUUUAUCAGUAAUUUCAAAUUUCUAAUAUGUAUGUCAUGCACUUUAUGUUACAUAAGCUGAAAAUCUGAAUAAAUUUAAUUUAAAUUUAAUAAAAUUUGUGAUAACUGCA